AUGCUCAAGGCACCCGCCCAAAAAGCCUCCUCCUCCAAGUCCCACGAACUUGGCAGUGCCGAUGUGAUUCAAGAAUGGGCCGAUGCUACCCUCCAAACCGCGCUCUCCUUGGAUCCCAACGCGUACAUUCCCGAGCUCUUUUGGGCUCACAAGACACGGCCCGAUGGUAGAAUCUUUGGACAAGCACGACAAACCACCAUUACUCCGGGCGUCCUCCAGCAAAAUGCCUUGGGAAGUGCAUUGGUCAAACUGACAGGUGGCAGCGGCACCAGCAAUACUCAUGUGCUAGCAGGUGUCACGGCCGAUAUCGGACAACCAUCCGCCAAUCAAGGAGAUUUGAAAGUCACAUUGACACCCAGCAACAACAAUGGUCCAUUGGAGUCUUGGUUGCAGCGUCUCUUGCUUCAAGUCAUGGAUCUGGAACAAUUGGGAAUUAUACCGGGCAGGGCUGCCUUUGGGCUCGAUGUGACCAUUUGCAUCCUCAAUCCCAAUGGAAGUAUUGCCGAUGCCUGCCUAUUGGCUGCCGUGGGGGCCUUGCAAAAUACCGCAUUGCCGCCAAUUGUGGUGCAAGAGGGACGUGUCUACACACUCGAUAAUGAUGCCCAACAAAAGGAAUUGCCCGAAUCUUGGACCAGCUUUGCGUCCCAGACACUGAAUCUGCCUGUCAUUCCCUUGCCACUAUCCAUGGGCGUCAUGAGAAUAAAAGCGUCCAAGGAGGACGACAACAACAACAACGAGUCAAAGCAACAAUGGUUAGUCGAUCCGUCUGGAGAAGAGGAGGAAGUAUGUCAGGGUGCCAUUACGGUGGUCUUGGAUGGUCUGGACAUGGACAAUAUUCUAUCUUUGGAUUAUCAGGGGAAAGUAUCCAUGGACCAUGCUGAUUUGGCGUUGGCUCUGCGGAUGGCCAAAGGAAGAGCCCAAGAACUUUUGCCAUUGUUGCAACUGGGGAGCUGA